AAACUUAGAAAGGUGCUAUUUUGGAGAUUUGCCCUAAAUUCUAAGCAUAUGCAAUUUUUUGUUAUAAAUAUUUAAUAUAUUUUAUUUUUCUUUAAAAAUAAAAUAUAUUAUUAUUAGCUAUAUAAUCAAAAAUUAAUUUUUUAUUUAAUUCAACCAAUUUACACAAUAUAUAUACAACUACUUAAUUGCCUAGACCUUUUUUGAACUUUAAUUUCUUAGAUUUCUUACUUAAUACUUCUUCUGUUUCUAAAUAACGCAUAUUUUAGAUUUUUUACAAAUAUUAAAAUAAAAUAUUUAACUAUCAAUGCAUUAAUUUUUUAUAAUUAUAAAAAUUUUCCAUAAAUUUAAACUAAUAGCAAUUAAAUAAAUCCAAAAUUUAUCAAUUAACAUUUCUUGUAGUUUACAAUUCAUUAUAUUAAAAAUACAUAGAAAAUCUAAAACAUUGAUCUUUUAGAAACAAGUAAAAAAUGCAAGAACAUGCAUUAUUUAGAAACAAAGAGAGUAAAUGACAAAGACUUUUUAACACUAGUAUAAAAUGAUUGUUUAAAUAGACAUAUAUAUAAUUCACCAUAUUUGAUAUUUUCUACAACAAAUAAAUCAUAUAUAAAACUUACUAGUUUAUAACAAUAAAAUUAGAAUAAAUUCCACAAACAAUAUUUUUAUGAAAUAUAUAUAUAUAUAGUUAAUAGGUAAGAUUAUAUGAUAUUUAAUGGUAAAUGUAACGAAUUAUCAAUAGAAAAAAUGGUCGUGUAAUUUUAAAUUAUAUUUAAUUGAUGAUUAGGUUGCAAUAAUAUGAAGAAAUUCUAACUUUACCUCAAUUUUGAUACUUUAAAUAUGGAGAAUUAUAACUUUACCUAAAAUUUGAUAAUGAAGUUACAAUAAUAUUAUAAUAGGUACAAAUAGAAUUGUCAAAAUAUGUUUAAGCUAAUAUAUAUAUCCAAACCAAUCCAACAUCUUAAUGGGUAAAAGAUUUUGUAUGUUAAUGAAUAAGUAGAUUUAAUGGAUCAGUAGAUUUGAUAAGUUUGAAAAAAUUCAUAAGUUAUGUUUAACUUAAGAUUGUUGGACUGCUUCAAUCUAUAGGAUAGUUAUAUAGUUUUGAAUGUAUUUAUGUUGAUGCAAAGUGGAUAUUGCAUAGCACAAUUUUGUAAUUAUGUGAUAUGAUUCUUCCGCACAUGAGUGAUUUAACUAGUAAAGUUCAUUAUGUUUAUUUUUUAGGUCAAAAUGCUUUAAAAAUGGGAAAUACAGAGAAAAAUGUUCACUUUUUUUGUCAGCAAAUGUUCUCUCUAAAAGUAGAUAAUGUCAUAGCUAAUGAUUGUAUGCAAGAAAUUUUGAAGGAUAUGCUGAAUUUGGAUGAUAAUAUGGUGUGCAAAAGGGAAAUUUUUUUUAUGUGCGCGGUAAUUUGCUCACAUAUUAAAUUUUAUAGUACAAGAUGGUUUAGAUGUUAUUAGUGGUGCAUUGUCUAAGAUUCAAGAUACUGUGGAGUAUUUCAAAACUUCAACAUAAAAAAUGAUUGUAUUCUCAGAUUGUAUAAAAAGUGAUCAUAGAUGGAAUUCAACUUACUUGGCGUUUGAUUAAGCUUUGAAGUAUGAACAUGAUUUAAAUAGGUUUAAAGUGGUUGAUAUAAGCUACAAACAUUGUCCCAAAAAAAUGAAAAAGGACAAUAGUUAUCUAUGAGAUUUUGAUUUUAUUUUACUAAAUGACCACUCUAAUGUCUAGGACAAUUUAUCUAACAUCAAACUUAUAUUUGGAGGAUGUCUGGAAGAUUCAAUGUUUGUUAGAAUUGAACAUGAGUAGUGAAAAUAACAUCGUUAGAAAGAUAAUUUCUAAGAUGAGAAAAAAGUUUGAUAAAUACAGGAAACAAUAUAACAUUAUUCUUGCAAAUGGAUGAUGUAUUUGAUCCUAAGAUAAACAUCAAAAUUUAGAAUCGUUGUUAUAAUGAGCUUGAUAUAUUCACUUCCAAAGCAAAGAUAGAACACCUUAAGAAUAAGCUUUAUAAACUUUUUGAAGAGUAUAUAAGAAAAUUACCUCAUAUUGUGAGUUUUAUAAGAGUAAGCUCACGUGUUGCUAAAAGAGGAAGAGAGAACUUGGAUGUGGAAGAUGGAAGUUCUCAGUUUAAGUGAUUUAAUUUACGUUUGUUGAUUAGAUAGUUAUUUGUUAAAGUUUCAAAUUAUACAAAAUUUGUUCGAUUUUGAUGAUGUACCAAACUAUAUGGAAGAAAAAUUAAAAUAAAAAGCAUAUUGUCUAAAUAAAAAAAACAUGUUGUCUUUAGAAAUCAACUUUUCUAGAGCUUUAUACUUAGUGCUUAAAAAAUUAUUGAUAUAAUUCUACAUCAAUAAAAUCUACAUAUACACCAAAAACAAAAUUACAACCUAUAUUCUAAAAAAGGGCCAUAAACACUCGUCCUGUUACACAGAAAAUACAUUCUUCAAAAACAUCAAUUUGCUUCGAAAUAAAGUUGUUUUUUGGAAGCACGGAAAAUAUGAAGAGCAUUUGAAAUCAAAUGAUUUGCUCUACAAUGAAGUUCCUUGCUAGCACAUUCUUUGCAAAGUCUAAGACAUUUAUCAUAUUGAGAUGUGUUUUAUUUUUAAAAGACCAAGGGUAAGAAGAAGACAAAAAGCUGGAGAGUGAACUAGAGUUGAUGUGAAAUAUGGUUUUAUAUUUGGCCACAAUUAUCUGUUGUAGGAAGUGAUUUUCAAAAACAAAAUAAACGGUCAUUUAAAUUGGUGGAGUACUCACAACUCUCUUUAACAAUGGGAGAAUAGUUUUUCUCAAUUCUUGAUUUUUUUUUGGAUUAUUAAUUCAUUGAUUCACUUACUUGGUUAACAAGAAAUAUUUACGCAACCCAUAAAUAAUUGUUCGACACGUUCAAAAAUGUAUGUCAUUCUUACGUAAAGAUCAUGUGUUAAUCAAGUAAAUGUAGUCCAUGAAUGUACUACACGAAUGAGUCGAAAUUAAGUAAUAUCCACUUUUUCUUUGACAAAAAAAAAAUCUGAUUAGUCCAUUAAUGUAGAUUACCAUCAAUUUUGUUUUGAGGACCAACUUUUGAUCGUUGUCAAGUAUGAUGAAAGUGUACAACAGUAAUUCACAUCAUCUCCAUCUUCAUUUUCCACUUUGUAAUCUUCAUCAUCUUACUAUAUAAAAGGAACUAUUUUGAAAGCUUCUAAAGUAUGCCACAUAGGCAGAAAAUUCCUGACCAAUCAAUCUACAGCUCAUCUCAGACUGGAUUAAUAUCCAUGUCAAUUAUGAAGCCCAAACAAUUUAUUUAAAUCCCAGUCAAUACUGAAGUCAGUCCAAUAUCCAUUUACGGUAUAUGAUACCAAGAAACUAAGAAGCUCAUUCUAUUUUAUGAAAUUACAUGUUUUUGUUUAGUCUUUCGCCACAGUGACCGGAGGCGUGUUGAAUCACAAAGCUUCUCACGCAUCCCAUUAUUAUGCUAUUUUAAUUGAGGUUCUUAGUGUUGUUCUAACUUAUAUUUAAAAAUAAAUUUUAUUAAAUGUUAUAGAUUUUACUAUUAUCUUAAUAAAAUUUAAUAUAGAUUUGAUAUAUAUUAUAUCAAAUUGUAUAAACUAAUAAAAAUGAUAUAAAAUUGUAUAAUUAUCAAACAUUUGGCCUAAAUAAUAUUUUAAAAUUUUGUAGAUAUAUAAGAAACUAAAUAUCAUACGAUUAGAUAUUAGAUGUUUAAAAAUUGUAUAUUUUUAAAAGCUUUAGUAAUACAAAUUGUAUAAUUAUAUAAAAAUAAUAAUAUUACUAAAUCUGGAAUGUUAUAUAUGAAUAUAUAUUUAUUUUAUAGAUGAUGCAUAAGAUAUUACCAACAUUAAAUAAAAUUAUCCAUCUCAUGUUUAUUUUUUUAAUUGUAGAGAUGACAUGUAGCAAAAUGCCCAAAAUGACCCUAAUACCCUAGAUAUAUAGAAAAUAUAAAAAAUUUGAAAUAUAAUACAAUAAUUAUUUGUAGAUAACUGGUACGUUUAACUUUAUGGGACAAUGAGACGUCUAAUUUCAGGGAGUUAAAUCGCAUAUCUACCAGGAAAAACCAAAUCGUAAUCAUCACAAGUAUCAUUCUACGGUUACAUGAAGGUAAUAAACUAAACAUAAAGUUUAUGUCAAACUAAAUGCUUACAAAUAUUUCACUUUUUCAGGGAAACUAUCACUCACAACCACACCUGGAUCGCGCUUCUAAUUUGACAACGAUAUUGAUAUCAUACAACACUUCCAAAAGAAGAAUAAAUUGCUAUCCUAAGCCUCAUAGCAAACGACACCAGUCAACUUUUUUAAAAUUUACGUUACAAUUUUCUACGGCAAUUAAAUAGGUACAUUCAAAUACUAUUUUCUCUUACGAAUAUUAAAUUCAUCAACAUAAUUUAUUAUUCAAACUUACUUUAGUUUAUAAAAAAAAGUGGUCACCGCUUCCAACGUCUUCGCAUUAUAAAAAAAAAAAACUUAACUUACACUUUCAGAAAUUUUAAAAUUCCCAAUUUUAAUUAAACUGUUCUUUAAUUAAACAUGUAAUCUGCACGAAACGCAGACACGGGCUCUAGUCUCUUUAACAUAUGCUCACACAUCAUUGGGAUGAAACAUCUAGAUUUUGUAUUCAUUUGCAUGAUGUAUCCAAAUACAAAAAAAAAAACAUAGUUUUAGAAUUUUGAGACGAAAAUUUAUUUAUAUCCAUAUACAAUAUUUGGAUACAAAUUUUAACUGAAAACAACAUCUAAAACACGUGCAUCCAAAUAAAGUAGCCAAACGAACAUAACUUUAGUUAUAGAGUUUUUGUAUAUUUAGCGAGUAGAUUGUAUUUUCUUAAAUAUCUCUACUAUUAAGUAUAAUUCGGUAUAUCUAUCUGCAAAUUAUGUAAAGUUUUAAAAAUUUAAAAGUAAAGUUGGAUUUUGUGCGUUCCACUCUAGAUUGACCGGAACAACCAAUAGCAUAUAAAAAAAUUAAGGUUGGAUUCUUGAUUCUUGUUACUUGCUAGUGUAUAACAGUAAUUCACAUCACCUCCAUCUUCAUUUUCCACUUUGUAAUCUUCCUCAUCUCUUUAACAUAUGCUCACACAUCAUUGGGAUGAAACAUCUAGAUUUUGUAUUCAUUUGCAUGAUGUAUCCAAAUACAAAAAGAAAACAUAGUUCUAGAAUUUUGAGAUGAAAAUUUAUUUAUAUCCAUAUGCAAUAUUUGGGCACAAAUUUUAACUGAAAACAACAUCUAAAACACGUGCAUCCAAAUAAAGUAGCCAAACGAACAUAACUUUAGUUAUAGAGUUUUUGUAUAUUUGGCGAAUAGAUUGUAUUUUCUUGAAUAUCUCUACUAUUAAGUAUAAUUCGGUAUAUCUAUCUGCGAAUUAUGUAAGUUUUUAGAAAUUUAAAAGUAAAGUUAGAUUUUGUGCGUUCCACUCUAGAUUAACCGGAACAACUAAUAGCAGAUAAAAAAAAUUAAGGUUGGACUCUUGAUUCUUGUUACUAGCUAGUGUAUAUAAGAACCUUGGAGAAUGAAGAUGAAGACGAUGAACCCACUAACUUAACUCAAAACCUUUAAUAUCACGAUUUUCGAAGUUGUUCAGGACUCUGCUGACUAAAACUAAGAAUGAUACAGCGGAUGAAAACUAAUUGCGUCGAUGGAUAACACACUGCUUCAAUUCUACAAACUUAUCUCGUAACUAUGAUGUAGAAUUCUCAUUGGUAUAUAUAGGUUCAUUGCUCAUCUACAUAAAAUGCCACAUGUUUCUUUAAAUUUUACACAAUUAAUAAUAAUCAUCUAUUAUGUAACUUUUUUAGUAAUACAGUAGGUGGUGGUCAAUGCUACGUGGAUUGUCAAAGAGGCAUGCACAAAGUGUUUCCACAAAGACAAUGGCUGUUUUGCAUGUUGUGUCUGCUCCUUUAACUGAAUCAAGGACAAAUCACAGAUCCAAUCACCUUUCAUCUUUAGAACCCCAUAAAGAAAAGAGAAAAGAUUCAUCUAAAAGACAAGAGAGAAAAUGGCAGAACAGAGAUCAAGAUCAACAAAAACCUUCUUCUCUCAUCAGAUGAUUCUAUGUCUCUUUCUUGUCUCACAAGUCUCCAUCGCCUCUUGUAGCAAUACGAGUGUAGGAGUGAACUGGGGAACAAUGGCGAGUCACCAGCUUCCACCUGAAAACGUGGUGAAGAUGCUAAAGGACAAUGGAUUUACUAAGCUAAAACUGUUCGAAGCCGACCAAAACAUCUUAAACGCUCUAACUGGUUCAGACAUCGAAGUCAUGAUCGGAAUACCAAACCGGUUGCUUAAAGAAGUCGCUCAAGAUCCAGCGUUAGCAGCUUCAUGGGUAGAAGAGAACGUCACCGCUUAUUCUUACAACGGUGGAGUCAACAUCAAGUACAUAGCUGUCGGAAACGAGCCUUUCCUUCAGACAUAUAACGGAACAUACGUUGAGUUCACUUUACCAGCUCUCGUCAACAUACAAAAAGCACUAGAGGAAGCUGGUCUGAAAAACGUGAGAGUCACGGUUCCUUUCAACGCAGACAUCUACUUUUCUCCUGAAUCAAACCCUGUCCCAUCAGCUGGAGACUUUAGGCCUGAGCUCAGAGAUGUAACGAUUGAGAUAAUCAACUUCUUGUAUACACAUGAUUCUCCUUUCACGGUCAACAUCUACCCUUUUCUAAGUCUUUACGGAAACGCUUACUUCCCCGUGGAUUUCGCCUUCUUUGAUGGGAGUAACAACUCUUUGAGAGAUGGAGAUUUGGUUUAUAAUAAUGUGUUUGAUGCGAAUCUCGACACUUUGGUUUGUGCAAUGGAAAGAUACAGCUUCUUGGGGAUGAAGAUCAUCGUGGGAGAAGUUGGAUGGCCUACGGACGGAGACAAGAACGCUAACGCGAAGAGUGCAAAGAGAUUCAACCAGGGAAUGGUAAAGCAUGCUAUGUCUGGUAAUGGAACUCCAGCGAGGAAAGGAGUGAUCAUGGAUGUUUAUCUCUUCAGCCUUGUCGAUGAAGAUGCUAAGAGUAUUGCUCCGGGGACUUUUGAGAGGCAUUGGGGCAUCUUCGAGUUUGAUGGUAGACCCAAAUACGAGCUUGAUUUGUCUGGUAAAGGUGAUGAUAAGACUCUGGUUCCUGUACAAGAUGUGAAGUAUCUUCCUAAAACGUGGUGUGUUCUCGACACUAACGCGUUUAACCUCGAUGACUUGGCUGAUAACGUCGACUACGCUUGUAGCUUAUCUGAUUGUACAGCGCUUGGGUAUGGUUCCUCUUGCAACCAUCUUACAAACGUGGGCAAUGCUUCGUAUGCUUUUAAUAUGUAUUAUCAGAUGCAUGAUCAGAAAACAUGGGACUGUGAUUUCUUGGGGUUGGGUUUGAUCACUGAUGAAGAUCCCUCUGAUGAUCUUUGUGAGUUCCCUGUGAUGAUUGAUACAGGCAACUCACCGAGGUUGCAGCCUCUAUCUUCUAGAGUGUUGGCCAUGGUUAUAGUUAUUUUGGUUCUUCCCCUUUUGUAAACAGUCUUGCAAAUGAAUCUUUCAAGCUAGAGAUUGUCUCUUA